CUUAAUUGAGGGGAAGGAGCAAAAUCAAAUAUAUCCCCAUUUAUUUUUAAAUAUAAACUUUUAUGUAAUAAAAUACAUAAAUUACACUCUUUUUCUUUUCUUUUCUUUCCUUUUCUUUCCUUUCCCUUUCUGUUCAUGAUGGCUACUUUAGAAAGAAAAAAGAAAAAAUUAAAUGCAUCUAGAAAUAGUGCUGAACAACAACAACAACAAGAUAAUAUUGUUCAUGAUGACGACUUAACAAAUGACCCAAUCCUUGAAAGCCUUUCCAAAGAACCUAUGGAAUAUUCAAGGGUUAUUAUUAACUCUCAAUGCUUAUCUUCUGAAGUUAUCAAUUCACUUCAGUCAGUUAAACAUGUUUGUCUUAAUGUGUUGGAUUUACUUUUAUUACAAAUUAUAAAAGACUUGAAUUACUAUGAAAGAAGAUCCUCUUGUUAUGAACAAAGUGACUUGUUGGAUUCUAUUACUCAAAAUACAAACUUGAUACAAGAACAGUUUACAAGUAGUCCAAUGAUACGUAGUCAAUCAUCUCCUACAACUACUUUAUCAAAAGUACAUGAAAUAUUAGAUUCACAUAAUACCCAAAUGAGUCAACAUGACUAUACUUUAUGUUGUUCAUUAGCAGCUCUUUUAAACGACAUUUAUCACUUGUUAGAACUUAAUUCAAUUCAGCAGGACUCAUUAUCAAGGUUAUCUGCUGAUAGUACUCUACUUCAACAAGAACUUCAUAAUAAAGUUUCCUUCUUUCAGAGAGAAAAAGCGGCUGGUAACAUAACGUUAGAUGAAACAGAUGCAAAUCAAGAAAUAAUUACAACUUGGGACACAAUGAAUCAUUUAAUGAAUGUAGUAAAAGAAUUAGUUGCCCAACAACAACCUCCUGCAUAUGAAGCUAAACCAGUCAUAAACGACUCAACAAAUUAUCCUUUAUAUGCUUCCCCUCCUGCAUAUGAGUCAAUCAUGGCAACUAAAGUAGAAAAGGUUGAAAAAACUGAAAAAAGAAUAUUAUCCAAUCAUAAAGAAGAUUUAGAUGAACUAUUAAAUGCGAUUGAUAAAUUAGCACAAAUAGCACCACAGUUUCAUAAUCAACGUAUUAGUUUCAGUGAAGAACAAAUGAAAGAUUUAGCUGCUGCAAGCCUAGACAAAGUCAUUGAGCGUUUAUCAAGGGGUCGAAUGGAAGAUCAACGAGUUCGUUUAUCACCACCAAAGAAAAAUGACAAGAUUUUGUUACAAGAAUUAGUUCAACAAAUAGAAAAAUCUGCUUUAAGAUCUUUAGAUAAUCAACGUGUGCUUCAAUGUCAACAGCAAAAGAAGCUUGAUUUUACCUUUAUUCGACGUAUCAUUUUUGAUAGAAUGAAUAAGAAGACCUAUUAUACAGACCAUGACUGGUUAUCUCAUGAAGAAGUUUUGAUAAAAGAUUUAACUCAUACAACAGACUUGCUGGUCAAGUCACUUGAUAGUCAUCGAACUACCUUUUAUAAUAGACAACGAUAUAGCAUGUCAGCAAUGAAAGAACGGGAUUUAUUUAUGCUUAGAUUAUUUAAUAAAGUCGAAUCACUUGAAGGCUAUCGACUUGUUAAUCAAGAUGCUAAUUUAAAAAGUAAAGAAGAGGAUUUACAGCAUAUAUUGAAUUUUAUUUAUAAAUCAAAACCACGACUUGAUAACCAAAGGGCUAGUUUUUCUCUAUAAUUAAUAAACCCAAAAAAAAGAAAAAAGAAAAAAUAAUAAUAAUUCCUCAUCAUUUUAUUAAAUUAAACCAUUC